UUCAAUAUUAAACAUGGCUGGUGUUGUACUGCGCUAAUGUUAUUCGAACAGAGAAAUUUGAACAAUUAGUAUGCACGUAAGCAGUAAAUAAGCGAACCAAAAUUGUUGAAAAUUGUGCAUUCGAAUCUGAUAAUGCUGAAAAAAUAAUAAUCGAAGCCUGCAGCUAGCUACAAACAUCUUUGAAGGGGAUUUUUCUAUUCGUGCAAUGGUUUUCUCUACACGACCUAGAUACUUAACAUGAGUGUAAUCCAGGUAUGGUGGCGCUCUAGGAACCAAUGAUGGACUCACGUGAUGCGUCUAACAGUAACAGCAACAACAUCUUCUCUUCAUCUUCCUUAGCCACAUCAAAUCGCAUGCAAGACGGGUUAUCACUUUUAUCAAUUUCCGUUCACAAACGGGGAAGUGAUUUUGGAGAACAGCCAAAGGAUGUGAAUAGUCAAUCAUCCCAAGCAUCAUCGUUUCUAGAGCAAGAUCAACAUCAACACUACACACAACAGCACACACAUCAAUCGUCUUUUUACUAUUACAAUAGCAGACCGGAAGCGCACGACGGUGUAACAUUUGAAAGUGUAACAGUUGUUGGACCCUGGCAAGAAGUUGUGUUUCCUGUAGCUAUCCUAACCGUUUCCUUACUUGGGAUACUAGCAGUUGGGGCAAUUCUUCUAUUUUGGCUAAAAAAUAAUUUGAAAAGUCAAGAACGGUACAAAGAAAAGACUUCCAAGAAACUUAAAAUAGAAAAAGCCAACGAAAGACCUUUGCACAAGCACGCAAAAAUGAGCGAAGAUGAAUGCUCUCAAAUAGAAAACAUCAAAUCGACAGAAACACUACCACCUUCUACUAAACCAGACUCUCCUCGUUCAAAGAGUUUAGAUGUGCCAGAUACUGGAAUAGAAGACUUUCCUUCCAAUAUUAUGUUACCAGAAAGCGAAGCGUCACAACAGGAUCCUAUUGUUAGCACAAUCUACAAGAAUAUCACUUCUGAUAAUUUAUCGAUAAUUUCGACCCCUGGUAAUCUGAGACGAGCACAAGCGAAACAUUCACUUAACAAUAUAUCACAGAUCCCUACAUCACCUUCACUUGUAUCAUCUUCAUCGCCAGUAAGGUCUGUCCAAAGGAAAUUCAGUUUCAACCAGUCGAGCUUCUAUGAACAACAGCAAGUGUCAUCAUACAAAGGUGAUAAAUACGGUGCCAAUAGUAAAGCAACUACCGACAAUCUACAGUACUUUGGAAAGUUAGGAUCCAAGGAUGAAUGUCUUAUAUCAAAUAUUUCGGUUUUAAAAGGCGAUGUUUGCUGUGUUCAGCCACCUCAACUACAUCACCCUGUGGUGAAUUUGGACAAUAUAGCAGUGGUCAGUGCAACGCCCAUUUGUUCCUCUCCAAAGGUGGUUUACACCCAAUCAUCAGCAUCAUCAUCCUCUGAAACGGUUUUGUCAAUUCCUAUGACUAAAUCGCAAAAGUUAUCCGACGAUAAGGAAAACUUUGGAAAAUGUUCAACAGUAUUCGAGAGUCGGAGUGCAAAAAACUUUCGUGGACACCAUUUCUGGAUUGAUGGAAAUGAUAACCAAACGCCGUCGAACAGGAAGGUCUUAACCCAGUCACCAAUAUUUUUCGCUAAUGAUCAAAAUUCGCCAAACGUAUGCUAUGAUUCAUCAUCGUCUCCUACUUUGAUACCUUCGGUGACGCCAUCUUCGGUAUCAUCGUCGGCGGCUUCCACAGCUACAAAUACUACACCAAAUACUAACCUGAAUAGUUGUAACAGUGCAACAAGCAGUAUUGCCGGACGGUUCACCUUUUCACCAAAAGUAAUAGGUGAAUACGGCUAUCAAGCGUCACCACAGAGUGCUGUUCCGAAUCAUACGGGAAAUGACGGAAAGAGUAGUAAUUCUUAUUUUCGCUUUCCGGAAGUGGACACUUUUACACCACCUAUUAGUGCGCAAGUAUCCAACCAAAAUGGGACUAACAAAACUACCGCUUUCAAAAUACCGUCGCUUGUCACAUCUUGGAUUCCGUCGUUGGAAACUCCUACCAAGGAGGUUUCGUCACCAUCGCAGCAUGAAUCGAAACCAUUGUCGGUGGAAGAGGAUCAAGAUAACCAAUCAUCUGAAAAUAGUACAAUUGAUCAGUUGACCGUAACGAAUAUACCUAGUAUUUCAAUGGAGACUGAUGAUGCAUCUCCUACAUCUGCUGAAGAUUAUCUUGAACAGGUUGCAUAUUCUAGCCGUGCAUCGCGAAGAGCUCGUCUAAAGUCUAUAUCGUUAGAUUCAGAAGGAGCACGCAUGGUGGAGGAGCAUUUUACAACCAGUAUUCCAGUUGAAGAAUUAGUAGAGAUUGCCGCAAACCAGCCGCAUCAUUGCAUUUCAGGAAACCAACUUCAACCGCUCAAUCAGCCUCACACGCAUAAUGAUAGUGACGAAAAUAGGAAACGGCGUAACAUUUUCAACUUAACUUUGAAUUUAAACGACAAGGAUGAAUCCUUAGCGGCUGACGAUGACUACAAGUUUAAUGAAUUCUAUUUUGAGUAUUACGAUUACGAUGAUGAGGAAGACGAAGAGUACGAAAUGGAAUGUGGAACUAGUAUGGGCUAUAAUGAAAAACGUAAAAAGCAGCAUUCUCAGUUGCAGACUCCAAAAACGCCCACCUUGACACAGACCCGAAAGAAAGCCAGUUCACUCGAUUCGGAUCAAUCACUUAGCUACUUGCUCCCACAACCGGUUAGAACCCAAAGUGCAAUGGAUAAAAACGAACAUCGAGUCAGCAAUCGUUGUUCAAUAAUAAAUCCAUCUACAUCAACAAUACGCACAUCUUCACUAUCCGUACCUACAACACCUAAACGGCAGCCGUAUCGAUUACCCCAGCAGCAACAGCAUGGUAAAUAUAAACCAAAUCGCUGCAUGAACGACAGUGCUACGAGCAUGAAUAAUAGCCCUGCUUCUGAACGACAUUUGCUGUGUGGUUUUCAGCAAAAGCUCGGAAGUUUCGAGGAAAAUGCUGAUAACUAUCAAAGUCCAAUCGAAUACGACGGUAAAUCUGUUGUUGGAAAAAAUCCGUAUUCUAAUGUGUCUCAACAAAAAGAACAAAGUUUGAGUGUUUCUAACGUUAACUUGAAAACAUUACCAGAAAUUACACCCGUGUGCGACUUUGCAGAUAAAAAAAGUGAACAUAUAAUGAUAGAAAAACCACCGAUUCAAACAUUGAAUAAAAGUCGAUCCAGUAUUCUUCAACGAAGGGGUUCAAAUCAUAGUCUUACACUGAAUCUGGACGCCACAUCCGGAGGCAGCGGACUAUCAAAGGGACUGUCAGCGUCAAAUUAUAGCUUGGGAAACUUUAAAGGAUCUCAUUUGAGUUUAGCAAGCUCAUCUUACAAUCUUCAGCAACAGCAAACUCAGCAUCAAAGCGUUCACCAAUCGGGCGUUCCUAAUGUGCAAACGAAAAAGAAUCUCUUGCAGCGACGUGGUUCAAAUACCAGUUUAGUUUUGAACCUACAGGGAUCGAGCAGCAGCUUAAACAGGUACAAUAGCCACAGUUCGCUGAAUAUUCAAAACCAGCAGAACGUUCGUCCAGCAAAGAAAUGUCUACUGGAAAGACGCAAUUCAAACACUAGCUUAACUCUUAUCAACAUACAAAAUCGUGCGCUUUCUGUUUCAAAUUGUAAUCUUCCGGGUUCCAUUUGUAGUCUUAACAGUAUGGCAACAUACCAGACACAAAAUGAAGCCCUCAUGUUGGAGGAGGAAGAGCAUCAGCUGUCAGUCAACAAUAACCAAUCGAAUUGCUGCACUCGGGUGGCAUCUGGUACAACAAAUGAAUCUCAUUUAUCACCGAACUGCCAACAGCAUGGCGGGCGGCGAAAGUUUCUAAGCUCGGAUAGUCUUCAUAACAUUACAAAUUCACGAGCAGGAUGUUGUUGUCAACAGAAGGAAACAAACAUGGACGCUCCCGAGAUGUGCUACCACCGAGGACAAAUGAGUAACUAUGGAGGCUCGAUAGAUGACAUGAAGCAACAACAAGCGUCCCUGAAUACCGAUUGUUCUUGCACAGGAAAUAGAGAUACCAAAGGAUCCGAUAAGCUCAGUAUCUCCACGAAUGAUAUGUUCAAGUUCAAAUCGACUGUCACUUCGACAGCAUCGACAAACAAUUUAACACAGUUCACCAGUUGCGAUUGUUGUUGCUGUAAUUGUGCAGAUGCGCUUGCCGGGGGUGUAAAUACAAUGAGUAUUAGUAACACUAAUGUCCGUAAGAUAACAACAAAACCAUUGAGUCCACAAACUACGAGUGAGGACUUUAAAAUAUACUUAGCAAAUAUCCAGUUUCUACAGAACGCAACUAAUAUGCUGUCAGUGACAUACAUGAAAAAAUUACAUCAUAUAUUUAAGAAAAGCUAUAGUAAUUACGACAAAUCGCAGGACGAUAACGCGCUAUCUGGCGCGAAUAAUGAUGUAAAACUUACAACGUUAUCUAUAGUUACGAACGCACCACCCGACGAAAUGGUAGCGGCUGGAGAACAGCCUUCCAUUGCGGAACCGAUUAGCGACGACAGUUUGCUAUUGACAGACGAGGAGCAAAAGAAAAUGAUUCUUAAAAUUCACCAGGAAUUUUGGGAUUUGCCGACAAACUAUCAGGAAAAACCACUAGUGUUCGGAUCCCAAUCGAAAAAUCGAUACAAGACGAUACUACCAAACGAACAUUCGAGGGUUAUCUUAAAAGCUGAACCUGGAGUUAAUACGGAGCCGUACAUUAAUGCCAAUUUUAUAAAGGGUUCGGAUUAUACCAACAAUAGUUACAUUGCUACCCAAGGCCCCAUGGCGAAUACUAUAUACGAGUUUUGGCUUAUGGUACAACAGAACGUUGCGAAGGCAGCAUCAUGUCGCAAUGGAAAUUUCCUGCAUGUAGAACAGAAACUAAUUAUGUUGACGGAUUUUGUAGAAAAUAAUAGGCAAAAAUGUUCUGUAUAUUUUCCACAGGAGCUUAAUGAUUCAAUAGUGUUUUGCAGUUUAGCAAAUGUGAAUGCACAGGCAGUACUUGCGAAUAGAGAUACCAUUAUAACCGACAUACAACAGUUUACAGAACCGUACCAAGCAAAGCCAUUUGAACCCAGCACUGAUUUUAACUAUUUUCUCAUCAAAAAUGUUGGUAUAUGUCGUAAAAAUGGAUACACUAUGCGUAAAUUGUUAGUGGUUUAUUCGUGUCGGGAUGAAAAAGAAAAAAAAGAAAAGCGAAGCUUUUAUACAAUAUAUCAUUAUUGGUUCCCAGACUGGCCAGAUCAUCGAUCUCCGGAAGAUAUAGAUGUGCUGCUAGAUAUGAGUCUCGAUAUACUUGAUAAUGAUUGUUCCAAAGAUUUUGACGAUGGACCAGAAGUAGGAAACCAUGAACGAAUUCGCUCAUUGCCGAUCAUACAUUGCUCUGCAGGUAUUGGAAGAACAGGCUGCUUGCUCGCAAUCAUCAAUGGUUUGAGUCAAAUGCGUUCAUCUUCAAACGCCAAUAAGUUAGCAGAACAACCUGUUGAAAAGAACUCGGAAAAUGAUUUUGAACCGUCAGAAGCACCAAAUGAAAGCCAGCAACAUUCGACAGUAUGGAACAGUGGUCAAACUUGUGUAGAUAUACUCGGUAUCGUAUGCAACCUUAGGCUACAACGUGGAGGUAUGGUACAAAAUUCCGAACAAUACGAGUUGAUUCAUAGGGCUUUAUGUUUGUAUAUGCAGAAGUUGAACCUUUAAGUAAACAAAAAGCAUUUAUAUACAACAACUGCUAGUUAAUGGAAUAGUUAAUGUAUGGCUCACAUUGUUAAUUAUACAAAAUGACAACCUACCAAAGAAUAUACGAUUCCUAAGUUUAGGAGAGUAAGAACACAUUUUCAUAUUUUAAAAAUCCGUCAUUAAGAAAGUAAAUUUUGCAUUGAUGCUAAAAUCUUGACAGUAUAAUUUGUAAUUUUCUUCAUGCUAAAUAAUGUUUCAGAAUAUGUGGAUUCGAUACGAUACACAUUUGUUGUAAUAUAACCAGUAUUGAGUAUAUUGACCUAAA